AUGUCUUCUACAUCUCGAACACUCGGUCACAACGGGCCUACAGUCAAUGCUGUUGGCUUUGGUGCCAUGAGCAUUGGCGGUACGUACGGGCCUGCUGGAUCUGUCGAAGAACGCUUCGUUCUUCUCAACCGAGCCCAUGAAAUCGGCCAAACCUUUUGGGAUACGGCAGACAUCUACGCCGACAGCGAAGAAGUAAUCGGCAAAUGGUUCGCUAAGUCUGGGAAGAGAAACGACAUCUUCUUGGCCACAAAGUUCGGUAUUCAAAUCGGCUCUUCUGGCGUGACUCUAGAUUCCAGUCCGGAGUACGUUAAGAAAGCCUGCGAGACGAGUCUCAAACGUCUCCAGACCGAUGUAAUCGACCUCUACUACUGCCAUCGCGUAGACGGCAAGACACCCAUCGAAAAUACCGUCGAAGCAAUGGUGGAGCUAAAAAACCAAGGCAAGAUUAAGUAUCUUGGCUUGAGCGAGGUCUCCGCCGCCACAUUGCGACGCGCACAUGCUGUUCAUCCCAUUACUGCCUUGCAGAUUGAAUUCAGCCCGUUCGCUCUUGAUAUUGAAGACCCCAAGGUUGGACUUCUUCAGGCUUGCCGAGAGCUUAAUAUCGCCAUUGUAGCCUACAGUCCAAUGGGACGUGGCUUAUUGACUGGCAUCAAGUCUUGGGAGGAUGUCGCUGCUGAUCCUUUCUUGUCCGCCGCGCCAAAGUUCUCUAAGGACAACUUCCCCGGCAUCCUGGAACUGGUUGGAAAGAUCAAACAAAUCGCUGCCAAGAAACAGUGCACCGCAGCACAACUGACUCUAGCAUGGAUCCUGGCCCAGGGCGAUGACUUUAUUCCAAUUCCUGGAACAAGAGGCACUCAAUACCUAGAGGAGAACUUCAAGUCGCAGAGCAUCAUCGUUUCCGAUGCAGAAAACCGGGAAAUCCGCGACGCCAUCAAGAAUACAGAAAUACUAGGAGAUCGCUAUCCUGCCAUGUUUGGUGAGUCGUUCACGUUCGGCGACACUCCAAACCUAUAG